AAGAACAAGAAGGGCUGUGUUUACUUUCUAUAUGGAAACUUAAGUUGUGGUAGAGGCAAGUAGAGCUGGGAGAAUGGCACUGGGAUUGUGGUCAUUCCUACAACUUUUUCUCUUGUGUGAGGUGGCAGCCUCACUCAGCUUCUUCCAUCACCGUUAUGAUGAUCUGGUCCGGGCUCUGUAUAAUGUGCAAAACCAGUGUCCCUAUAUCACCAGAGUGUACAGCAUUGGAAGAAGUGUGCAGGGAAGGCACCUCUAUGUUAUUGAAUUCAGUGACAACCCUGGGAUCCAUGAGCUGUUGGAACCAGAAUUCAAGUAUGUUGGAAAUAUGCACGGAAAUGAGGUAUUAGGACGGGAACUCCUUAUCCAGCUUGCUGAGUUUCUCUGCGAAGAGUACCGGAACAACAAUGAGCGCGUUACCAGACUCAUACAAACCACAAGGAUCCACAUUCUGCCUUCCAUGAACCCGGAUGGAUACGAAGUGGCUGCAGACCAGGGGCCAGAGGGUAAUGGCUAUCUGACCGGGAGAUAUAAUUAUCGUCAAGUGGAUCUAAACCGUAACUUCCCUGAUCUCAAUACUGUCAUGUAUUAUAAUGAGAAAUAUGGAGGCCCAAAUCACCACCUUCCCCUUCCAGAUAACUGGAUGGCACAGGUGGAGCCUGAGACUCAAGCAAUGAUCCAGUGGUUGAAAAAUUACAAUUUUGUCCUAUCUGCAAAUCUACAUGGCGGAGCUGUCGUUGCAAAUUAUCCGUAUGAUAAAAGUAAAGAAAUUAGGAUGAGAGGUUUCACCCGCUCUACCUAUUCUUCAACGCCAGAUGACGCUCUUUUUAAAGAGCUUGCUAAAACCUAUUCAUAUGCACAUGGCUGGAUGCACACUGGCUACAACUGCGACGAUUUCUUUUAUGAAGGAAUUACCAAUGGAGCAUCUUGGUAUUCACUGUACAAAGGCAUGCAAGACUUUAAUUACCUUCACACCAACUGCUUUGAAAUCACCUUGGAGUUAAGCUGUGAUAAGUUUCCACGGGAGGAAGAACUGGAGCAAGAAUGGAAUGGGAACCGUGAAGCUCUAUUAACCUAUAUUGAUAAGGUUCACCAGGGAAUAAAAGGAAUGAUUACAGAUGAAAAUGGCAAUGGAAUAGCCAAUGCAGUGAUUUCAAUAAGUGAAAUUGCCCAUGAUGUUACCUCAGGCAUAGGUGGUGAUUAUUUUCGACUAUUGUUACCUGGCACAUAUGAAGUAACAGCAUCAGCAGAGGGUUAUUAUUUCAAGACUGUGUCUGCAACUGUUGGCCCAGCUGACGCCACUUUGGUUCAUUUCCAGCUAAAGCAGCAGAAAGCAACAAUAGAGUCAAGGUUCCUAAAUCAGAAUAACAAAAACUAUAUAAGGAAGGUUGUUCCAAGAGCGGCCAAUAAAAGAAGAUCCAGCUGAAAGUAUUUAUGUGUUGCUACUCCUGGGUCUGGAAGACAUCACUGCAAAACUCUACAUCUUGGACACAUGAAAAGCUUUUUUUUCUCCAUAAAAUAUUGCAAAGGAUUGAUUUGUAUGUAUGAAAAGAGGACUGAAAAUGCCAGUAGCGUAAAAAAAAACAACAGACAAAAGAGAAAAUUGAAAAUACUGUUAACGAAAUGUUAAAUUAAAUAUUUUGUAAUGCUAUUUAAGAAAAUAUUAAAGAAUAGGUUUAUAGCGAUCAUUCCAAA